AUGCAUCUCCUCUCCACCAUCUUCCCCGUUCUUUCCCUGAUCCCCGCCGUCCUCUCCCAUGGCUACGUCUCCGGAAUUGUAGCAAACGGCGUUUACACUUCCGGCUGGCAAAUCUCCUACUGGUACGAUGUUGUGAACAAGGUUCCUUAUCCACAAACUCCUGGAUGGUACGAGGAGGCACUGGAUAUCGGGUUCAUUGCGCCUGAUCAGUAUUCGACUUCCGAUAUCAUAUGCCAUAAAAACGCAGUAAAUGCAAAUGUAUCCGCCACUGUUGCUGCCGGUGGAACAGUACAAUUUCAAUGGACUACCUGGCCACAUAACAUCGGGCCAGUGUUGACCUAUGUGGCUAAUUGUGGAGGAAGUUGUGCUACUGUCAACAAAGCCAAUCUCAAAUGGGUGAAGAUCGAUCAAUCAGGAAUCAAUUUCAACACACAAGUCUGGGCCACUGGAGCUUUGAUGGCGAAUAACAAUACCUGGACAACCACUGUACCAAAGACACUUGCUGCUGGACACUACGUAUUCCGCCACGAAAUCAUUGCGCUCCACGGGGCCACAACAGCAAAUGGCGCACAAAACUAUCCUUUCUGCGUUAACAUUGAUGUAACGGGCUCUGGAACUGCGAAGCCUACGGGUGUGGCAGCAACGAGCUUUUACAAGGCGACUGAUCCUGGAAUUUUGUUCAAUCCUUAUGUAACGUUGAGCAGCUAUCCCAUGCCAGGACCGGCUUUGUGGACUGGUUAA